AUGGUGACAGUAACCGUGCUAUGGGGUCGAACAUUGGCCGAAUCGGACUGCAACAGUGUGCUGAUAACGAUGGCUCCAUGCGCUGAUUUCGUGACCGGAAACUCCUCGACCCCGACGGCUGCAUGCUGCUCGAAAUUAGCUCAUGUCGUCGGCACGCAACCGAGUUGCCUUUGCCUGGUGAUCAGUGGGGAUGGUCCACCGGGAAUGCCGAAGAUAAACCGGACACAAGCUCUAGCACUCCCUGAACUUUGCAAUGUGACAGCUCCUAGCGAGUGCAAAAUUGCUGCUGCUAAAGGACCUGCUGAAGCUUCAGUAUCCUCUCCUCCUCCUUCUCCUCCUCCUCCUGAACACGAAUCGCAUGAUACCCCACCCCCUAAAUCACCACCAUCAGUUCAUCCUUCUGUUGCUGCCCAAUAUGGGCAUAUUGUAAGGUUCCCAUAG